AUGAAUUCUAUAGGUCCAGAUGAAAAUAAGCCAAUAUUAAGAAUAUUUUUGGCAGGAAUAACUUCAAUAGCUGCAGGUGGAUCUCCUUAACCAAUUGAUACUGUAAAAGGAUAGUGA